AUGAAUGUAUUGAUAAUCAGAUUCAUUAACGUGAAAAUUUUUGUUGAAAAGAGUUUCUUCUUCAAAUUGGUCAUAAAUAGAAGCAACUCUGGUCAAUCUUCAAAUAAUUCCAACAAGCCUUCAUCAAGUAAUGAUAGUAAGAAGAGAAGGGAUUCUACCAUUGAAUCAACUCCACCAACCAAGAAGAGAAAUCAACCCAACAAUUCAAUCUUGGAAGAAUUCCUUCCCAUAUUGGAUAAUGUUAAACUCAACAAGUGUCCUCCAAGACCUUCAUCCAAUAUUUCUCAUGAAUAUGGUUCGAAAUUGGCAAGGGCUUAUCUUGCAUAUAAAUUCAAAAAUGCUAUUCAUGAUGGAACUUUUCAAUACUCUAAUGGCUUUAGAGAUUUUGUUAAGAAGUUAAGUAAUCACAUUGCUCAAUCCAAUGAGCAACGUGAGAGAGCUAACGAGUUGGAAAGAGCACGAAAAUGCACUCGUAGAGACCAAGGGUUGUGUGGAUGCGGCCAACUUGUUUCGAAGACAAAUAGGGACAAGUGCAAGGAAUGUUCCAAAAAGACUAUACUUCAAAUGAGUGACAGGAUUAACAAGAUUAGAGCUGAAGGUGUCAACUGCCAUUUUUGUUUUGGUUCUGUUAAAUUGAAGGAUGAUGAAACAUGUCCCAGAUGUGCUGUUUACAUUUCCAGAAAAAAGCAAGCUGCCAUUCAUACUUUUUUAAGAGAAGUGUUGGAGAGGGAUGAUUUGUCAAUCAAGUGCAAUAGAUGUCGUAUUGAAAUGGAACAUUUACAUGAGGUUAAUGCAUUCACUCUUCAUCAUGUCAUGUAUAAAGAUGAUGACUUUACAAAGACAUUUAAGAGUACAACAAAAUUCAUUCCCGAAUUCAGAAAGCUUGGAGCUGAUUGGUUCAAGAAGAAUGAAAAGUUGGAAGUAUUGUGCAGACCUUGUCAUGGUUUGGAACAUGCAAGGAAUGUUGAAGGUGGUUCUAAUUGGCAAUAUUGUCAUGAAAAGAUGAUCACUCUGAUGGGAGGAAAAUGUCAGGAAUGUGGCUUGUCUUUUGAAUCUAAUUCAGAAUUGGGAAAGAUAUUCCAUGUGCAUCACAAGAAUAGGGAUGGUGUGAAGAAGAGAGCUCAAGCAACAGAAGAUAUCGAUGAGGAAGAGAGGGAAAUAGCCAAUAAUGUUAAUGAGUACAAGUUAAUUCUUGGAAUGACCGAAGAGGAACAAGUAGAAAAAUUGAAGGAAUUUGAAUUGCUUUGCGAUGGGUGCCAUUAUUUUGAGCACAUGGAAAAGCAUGCAAGAUCGGAAGUUAUUGAUUUAGGAAUGAAGGAGAGAAUGGUGAACUUGUUGAGUUUUCAAAGAGUAUUGUCUAUGGAAAAAUAA